GAUAUGCGGCUCUACGAAGCUACAGGGCGGGACAAAGCAGAAAGGAUGACCACCUAUUUGGUGGCUGUGUAAAAAAAAAAAUAUUUCGUGCGGACUAACGUGAGUUGUGCGCUAGGCCUGUUUUGGGGUGUAUGUAAAGGUUACGAAAAACAACACGGAAUCGUUUUGUUGCAAUCGCUUUGGAAACAGAUUUGGGAAACGUUUCCAGAGUUCGCCAUAUAGUGGAUAGUUUGUCGACCUGGCGGCAAGUUCAACAACAACAGCCCCUGCAGCUCAGCAGUACACUGUGAUGUCUCAUCAGUAAUGGAGCCCAUGGCUGUGAGCACCUCUGCGCAGGGCCCGGAUGAGUUCGACCGCAACGCGCCGCGGAUCUGCGGGGUGUGCGGGGACAAGGCCACCGGAUUCCACUUCAACGCCAUGACCUGCGAAGGCUGUAAGGGCUUCUUCAGGCGUAGCAUGAAACGUAAGGCCAGUUUUACCUGUCCUUUCAGCGGCAGCUGUACCAUCACCAAGGAUAACCGCCGUCACUGCCAGGCCUGCAGGCUUAAACGAUGCGUGGACAUCGGGAUGAUGAAGGAAUUCAUCCUGACGGACGAGGAGGUGCAGAGAAAGAAAGAUCUGAUUAUGAAGAGGAAAGAAGAGGAGGCGGCGAGGGAGGCGCAGAGACCACGGCUUAGCGAGGAGCAAACCCAGAUCAUCAACACUCUGGUGGAGGCACACCACAAAACUUACGACGACUCCUACUCUGACUUCACCAGAUUCAGACCACCAGUGAGAGACGGUCCAGUGACCCGCAGCGCCAGCCGUGCAGCCUCUCUUCACUCCCUGUCUGACGCUUCAUCCGACUCUUUCAACCACUCGCCAGAGUCUGUGGACACAAAGCUGAUGAACCUGAGCAGUCUGUUGAUGAUGUACCAGGAGGGGGCAGGCAGUCCAGACUCCAGUGAAGAAGACAACACCUGUCUCUCCAUGCUGCCACACCUGGCUGACCUGGUCAGCUACAGCAUCCAGAAAGUCAUUGGCUUUGCCAAGAUGAUUCCUGGAUUCAGAGAGCUAACUGCCGAGGACCAGAUAGCCCUGUUGAAGUCGAGCGCUAUAGAGAUUAUUAUGCUGCGCUCUAACCAGUCCUUCAGCCUGGAGGACAUGUCCUGGAGCUGUGGGGGACCAGACUUCAAGUACUGUGUAAACGAUGUCACCAAGGCUGGUCACACUCUGGAGUUGUUAGAGCCGCUGGUGAAGUUUCAAGUUGGGCUGAAGAAACUCAACCUCCAUGAAGAGGAACAUGUGCUGCUAAUGGCCAUAUGCCUGCUGUCUCCUGAUCGUCCAGGUGUCCAGGACCACGCCCGCAUCGAGGCCCUGCAGGACCGCCUUUCGGAGGCGCUACAGGCUUACAUCCGUGUCAAUCAUCCUGGCGGACGCCUCCUCUACGCCAAGAUGAUCCAGAAGCUGGCGGACCUGCGCAGCCUGAACGAGGAGCACUCCAAGCAGUACCGCUCCCUCUCCUUCCAGCCGGAGCACAGCAUGCAGCUCACCCCUCUGGUGCUGGAGGUUUUCGGCAGUGAGGUCUCCUAGCGUCCGGUGCCCACCCUCCCUGUCACGGCCCCCACGUCCACGACGGAAAGAGUGAAGGGUUGGCUCUCUCAUCCACAGAAACAGCAAGCAUUGGAGAGGAAACCAGCUACCAACUGACCAGUCCUGAGUGCCUGAGAGGAUUCAUCCGGAUUCGAUAACGUUUUAAUUUGGGGGACGGAGGGGGUGGA